AUGAAGUUGCAAAACAACGCCACGAAUGGGUCAUCACCAUCAUCUGCUUCUUCUUCACCAUGGUUGAAGAGAGUCAUGAAUCCAAGAGCCACUGGGUGCUGGAACAGGCCAUGGAUUUGUAACGAAGGAAAAUUUCCACCGAAAAUAAAAAAACUGUGUUGUAAAAACCGUUGCGUGGAUGUCACCUCCGAUGUGAAUAAUUGUGGUUUAUGUGGAAUUAGAUGUCCGUUCAAUUGGCAAUGUUGUCACCGUCUAUGCAUCAACACAAAUGUGAAUCCAUUUCAUUGUGGGAGGUGCGACCACAAAUGCCCAUUUCCUAGCUUUUGCUUCUAUGGGAUGUGUGGAUAUGCUCAGCCAUUGCCACCCUUCCCAUUUCCUCCUAAACCAUUUCCUCCCAAGCCAUUUCCUCCUAAACCGUUUCCACCGAAACCAUUUCCUCCCAAGCCAUUUCCUCCUAAACCAUUUCCUCCCAAACCGUUUCCACCGAAACCAUUUCCUCCCAAACCUCCUCAUGGCCCUUACCCUCCACAGCGUGGUCGACCGCCUUCAUCGGGCUGA